GCCGACGGCCCUGUCUCGCAAGACUUCACCCCUGGCGUCCAGCUUGAAUUUGGCGAGCCUUUUGAAGCUGGCGAGAAUUAUUGUCCCAAGUGCGCGAUGAUGCAGGAGCUUGGCGGUGAGCAGCGUUUUGAAUGCCGCCACCUUAAUCGACCAGCCGUUUACACUCUAGCACUGAGCUCAGACGAAGUUCAGCACACCUGUGCGGCUUGGCAGGGUCAAGGUGGUUGCUACACCGAUGAGUGCAACACCCCUGAAGCGCUACGAAAGACUUUGAACGAGGCUGCCGCGAGGCUGCCCCGUGACGGUUGUACUGUUAGUUUGGAGAUUGAGCUAUGGAAUGCUGGUCCUGGCACUGGCAAGUCUUAUAUGAUCAAGCAGAUGUAUCGCCAGGACCGGGACGUAGUCGUAGCGCCCUUCAGAGCUCUGAACGCGACCUAUCCGGCUCCUCAUUUUCGAUAUUUCACCACACACAGGGCGCUGUCACACAUAGUGGGCAACUUCGACGUGCUUUAUGUGGAUGAAUUCACCUGCUUUGAUUUUAGAGUAGUCAUAGCCGUGGCUUUCAAUCAUGGUGUGAGCAAGAUUGUGCUAGUCGGAGAUCCGAAACAGAACGUCAUUCGUCCGGAACAUGGUUGGUAUGCUGAUGGUCACAUUUUAUCACGAGAGACCGAGGCAAAUGUGCCACUUCUGGAAAUGCUCAACGCACUGGGCUACCAGAUGAUCCCUUAUUGGAAGACUCCUAGCGGCACGAAGGUCAUCACAGGUGAUCCUGGUGACACCUGGGAUGGCACGCUCCCGGGCGGAGACGAUUGUCUUCGUAUCGCCUUUACGCAUGAGGACGCUGAGCGGUUCUGCAUGAACCGCAAGCACACAGUUGCCUCCAUGCAGGGCGUUACCACUGAGCACGUUGCUUUGUUCUUUACCGCUGGGGCCUUUGCGCUGGUUAAGAGUGUCUUCAACCAGAACCACGUGGCGCUGUCGAGACACACAAAGACGCUAACUGUUAUUGGAGACGGGUCCAGUGAUUUCCACAAGUGGGCUUCGAUGCUCAAGCUUACUGAGACCUUCGCCAUCGUUGUUGACACUUGCAUUGAAGCUCCUCAAGGUCCAGUCGCGGUUCCAGUGCCUGACCCCGACUUUCUCAAGUUGAUCGAGCCUCCUGCACAGGAGAUCUUGCAACCCGGUUCCGACUCCCAUCUAACUACUGACCUCAUCAAGGAUGGCGGAACUGAAGACCCCACAUUUUCCUGCCCACAGGACCUCGCACCCUUUGGUAUAAAGGGCAAUUUUGACCCGUUCAGUCAUGCUUCGCUCAAUGUUCAGAACUACCAGAGCAUGAUCAACAAAAGGGGUCACCCUGUCGACUUCAACAGGGAAUUCUAUCGCAGGAACCCAUGUGCUCAUGCCAAUACUGUCACUGAGACGCCUGCGAAUGCCUUGUUGUCGCUCAAUGCUCGUUAUGCUGGCGUGCCGAGAGCCACUGGUGCCGAGGCUGCGUGUCUUGACGCGCUUCGAGAUCCCACGACGAGGGAUGAUGCGCCUGCACAGCCUGAUGAGGACAAGUUGGCCAGAGCCGAGCCAUUGUACGACACUCUCAACACAUCAGCCUUUUCUGAGAACAACUUCACGCUCAUCCGUGCGAACAUUACUCGGGCGGCGAUUCAAAAGGGGUAUGCAUUACGCUUGGAGGCUGCAGACACUGACCGCCACCAGCGGGAUGUGGUUUUCUCGUCCAAGUCACAUGUCAAGGCUAAAAGCCCCUGGCAAUUCAACGGCCUAAAGGCCGCACAAGGGAUCAGCGCGUGGUCACCUUCUAUGAUGGUCUCAGUGAUGGUGGCGACCCGAGCAAUGAGUCAGCAUUUCGUGCGGAAUUGCAAGCCGCACGUUGUCUUUGAUUUGGAGAAACCCACGGAUGUCUUUCUGGCAGAGGUUGAGGAGCUUCUGCAGAACACUCCGGGUUAUGAGGACAUAGUCACCGAUCAGGAAGAGUUCGAUGCGAACCAGAAUGUCUGGACCCAAAAGGUAGAGCGCCUCUUUUGGGAGCAUCUUCGUAUUCCCGUUGAGAUUUUGGAAAG